AUGGAUCUUCGCGUGACUGAGCUGGAAUCCCGUGUCGAAGAGGUGGAAAAGGCCAUCAAUGACAGUGCGAGCCAAUCCGGCACCCGUGGGAACCGCCUGGAUACCUCAUGCAGCGUUGCUUCCGAAGCAACCAGCACCACAACCCGUGCCAUGUACAGUAGCGAGCUCUUUAGCCAGGUGCAGUCGCUACAGGCCCAGGUCACCAAGAUGCAAGCCGCUCUCCCUUCUUUCGAGCAUCCUUGGGAGGUAGAGGUUGUCUUUUUGCCGUUCCCGCUACGGAAAAUCUGGCAGGGGACUGACGAAUUCAAAACCGAGCCCAAUCACUCCGCUACGGAUGAGUGGACGCAGCUUCCCAGCACCUAUAGCGCCUCAACCAGCCGCGCGCGUUCACCGCUGGGAGGCGAGUGGGCGGAGAACCAUCAAUCCGAAUGGCUUCUCCCCAAGGCGUGCGGCCCCAACGGCCUUGUCGAUCGCCGCCUACGCAGUCGCGGCUUCAUUCGGACGAUAUCCGUCAAAGGGCCAGAUGCGCGAAGUGUGCAGGUCGCCAUGCAGGCAGUCUUUGGUGGCCUUUUCCGUGAACUGAGGGCGGGCCAGGCAUCCACGCCGAGUCAAAGGCGAUCCCUCAUCUCUCGAGUAGGUGACUUCCGCGGGCUUGCCCAUGAUUGGGUACCGCUCCGAAAGGUUCACAAAGACUCACGCCUCCGCUUCCUGUCGCCGUCGGAGAUGGUGAGCGCGUCCCUCUGGGACAUACAAUUUCUCAAUUCCGUCAUCAUGAAGUCCUCCGAGCCGCGUCUUUUCAUCACGCAGCCCCAAGCUUAUGUACAGGACAUGCACGCUUUUGAGGGAGGCUGGACGUGGCAGAGGCUCAGGGAACUGCCUCGCUUCUCUACCGAGUCCCCCAGCCUCGGCGGAGAGCCGCUCCACAAAACAACAGCGUGUCUCAAGCUCACCGUCACAGCAAUACUACACGGGGAUCGAGUCUCUAGUGCGAUCCUCCACUCCCACUCGCGCACCCACCCCAGGCCCGCCCGGGAACCCUCUACCUCGGGCGCCGUGGCUAAGCGUCGCCCGACGCGGUCCCCUAGUCGCGCGAGGUUUACACCACGGUGGAGCACUAAAUCACCCAGUCCCAUGGUUAAUGGACAUCGCCUCCGAAGCACUACGCCAUUCAAUUACGCCACCCCUUAUAGUAACGGACCAGGAGUCGAUGCCUACCCUGCCUUGCCCCACAAUGCGAGGCAUAGCGGUGGCCACAGGGACGCUUUUGGUCUUGAUGUUGAUGAUCAUGAGCAUGAUGAGGAGGAGGAUGAUGACGACGACGAUAAUAAUUACGAUGACGACGAUGGCGACAACGAAGGCGGAUAUAGCGAGGAGGUUGAAAUCUACGACGAAGGUUCCUCGGGUGGCUAUGGCGAGGUCGAAGCCGGCGUGGGUGGUGCCCAUGCCGCCCAAUACCCAUAUUCGGAUCUGGAACUGGACUACGUUCGCCGCCAGCUCCCGGAAGAUGAGCCCUGGCCUGGUAUCGAAGACCGGAUGUCGGACGGGAAAACGUCGAUCCGCGUGCUCUCCCAGUGGAUGGGGACGGAGAUAGCGAGAUGA